UGCUAGCAAUCAGUCGCUUGUAGAACGUUCACCCGAUCUGUCACUAAUAAAAAUAAAAAAAAUUAAAACUAAAAAAAAAACACAGAACUCUUUUGCAAUAAACUCCUUUGUACGAAAUUUGAAUUGACCGCGCUGCGUUCUAUUUUAGUGUUCUUUUUUUUUCAAAAAUUUAUUAACAGCCAGGAACCGUAACGAUUAAUCGAUUAUUCGCUUAUAAUGUUCUAGUGCUUGCCUGUGUGUGAAUUAAAAUGUCUGGAACAUGGAUCCCUCCCGAUGUGUCGUCAGUUUGUGCUACAGCGCAAGCUCCUUUAACCCAAUGCUCCCACACUGGAUACGUGUUCCUAGCUUUAGUGACGCAGUUAUUCGGAAAAUCUAUUGACGAUAUAUAUUCAAAGGUUAACCCAUAUUCGAGUUCGCAUGAUACAUAUUACUCGAAUGUACGGUUCCCAUCGCACCCGCCUGUUUCCGAAACAUUUCGAAUUCCGUACUCGACGCGGCAAUCGAAUUUCGACCUUCACCCACCGCAUAUAGGUUCGACAUUGGGAAAUCACUAUUCAAGUUUAAAUUUUCCGAAAUUCGAUUUUGAAAAUUCUUACAACGGACGGUAUUCGAAUAAGGAGCCGAUUUUCGAAUUUAAUUUUGAAAGGCCGUAUGAUUCGGAUUUGGCGGGUUCUAAGAAAGUUGAAGUUAAGGAGAUUAAAAAGGAGAAAAUUAAAAAGAAUAGAAGGAAAAGGGAUAUCGGCGAUUAUGAUUUUAUAAUUGUUGGUGCGGGGUCCGCUGGCUGUGUUAUCGCGAACAGAUUAUCUGAAGUGAAGAAAUGGAAGAUUCUACUCCUCGAAGCCGGUCCAGAAGAACCAGAUGUUACCAGCGUACCGUCCCUAGCACCCACCUUGGGCAAUUCUAACAUAGAUUGGAUGUAUAGAACCCAGCCAGAAAAAUUGACCUGUCUCGCACAGAGAGGCCAAACUUGCUCCUGGUUCAGAGGCAAAACAAUGGGUGGUUCAAGCGCAACUAACUACAUGGUGUACAUUAGGGGCAAUCGAUUGGAUUAUGACGAAUGGGCUGCAGAUGGCAAUCAUGGAUGGAGCUAUCCUGAGGUACUCCCAUAUUUCAAGAAGUCAGAAAACAACAGAGAUAUAGAAGCUCACGACAGAUACUACCACGGUGUUGGCGGACCUCUGAACGUAGAAAGAUUCCCAUAUGUAGACGUUCCAACACUAAUGCUCCUCGAAGCUUUCAAAGAAAAAGGCCUGCCUGUCACAGAUCUCAACAGAGAAAGCAAUUUUGGAACAGAUAUUAAUGUUUCAACUUCCAAAGAUGGACAAAGACAAUCAACCAAUGUAGCAUUUAUACGACCCAUACGUCAAAAAAGACCAAAUUUACAUAUAAUCACACAUGCAUUUACUACUAAGGUUAUCAUAGAUCCAGUAACUAAAACUGCUCAAGGAGUCGAAUAUUAUAAAGACGGUAAUUUCUACAAAGUAUUCGCUAAAAAAGAAGUAAUAAUGAGUGCUGGUUCUAUUAACUCACCAAAGAUUCUUAAACUAUCAGGUAUAGGUCCUAAACACGAACUAGAAAGUCUUCACAUCCCAGUAUUAUCAGAUUUAAAGGUUGGAUAUAAUCUACAAGAUCAUGUCACAACUGAUGCUUUAAUUCUCUCAUUAACAAAUAAGACAUCUACUUUAGUUAAUAGUGAGAAAAUGUUGAAUGAACUUUAUAAAUAUCAUGAUCAACAUCCAAAGAAAAGCGGUCCUUUAGCUACUACUGCUAUAUUGAAUAGCAUCGGAUUUAUAAAAACGAGUGUUUCUAGAGAGAACGCACCAGACAUUCAAUUUCAUUUUGACGGGCGUAAUGUUGCUCAGUUUUAUUCAGAUCCAACUUCAUACCUAGCAUCAAAUGUAUUUCCUUUAUCAUUCUAUGACGGUAUAGCAGCAAGACCUUUACUCCUAACACCAAAAAGCAGAGGAGUUAUUUUGCUUAAUCAAACUGACCCUAUAUUUGGAUCACCUUUAAUUUAUCCAGGAUUCUUUCAAGUACAAGAAGAUGUAGACGCUUUAGUUGAAGGAAUGAAGUUCGCUGUUAGUCUCGAAGAAACAGAAGCAUUUAAACUAAGCGGCGCUUCGUUCGUAAAAAUACCAGUAGAAGGUUGUUCUCAGUACUUGUGGGGAACGUAUGAAUAUUUUGUGUGUUUAUUGACUCAUUAUACGACUACAAUUUAUCAUCCAGUAGGAACUUGUAAGAUGGGUCCAGCGUGGGAUAGAGAUGCUGUUGUUGAUCCAAGAUUACGAGUGUAUGGAAUAAAGAAAUUGAGAGUUAUAGAUUCUUCUAUUAUGCCUAAAAUAGUUAGAGGUAAUACCAAUGCACCGACAAUUAUGAUUGCUGAAAAGGCUUGUGAUAUGAUUAAAGAAGAAUGGAUAUCGCAUAAAUAUACAUAAAAUAAUAGACAUCAAUUAGUUCAAAGUAGUCAGGUUUCUGUAAAUUCAUUAAAUAUUGUAAUUUAAUAUGAGUCAAGUUAUAUGGCUUUACUACGAUGAAUCCGAUCUUAGAAGAGUUUAGAAGUUAUUGCAAAUAUAAAUUGUAAAUUGAGCCCAUAUUUAAUUAAGAACAUUUAUUUUUAUUAAAAAUAUUAUAUUUUUGUGUACUAAGUUUGCGAAAAAUAAUUGGUUAGUGUUUUAUAUAGUUAGAUUGAAUAUUUUAUACAUAUUUUUCUUACGAAUAUUGUUUUAUCAUUAAUUAUUCAGUUACUACAAAGAACAACUAAACAUUUUGUAAAAUGUCGCUCCGUAGGGUAGGUUACAAUACUUUGGAAGUAUAUUUAUAUUAUAUUUCCUUGUUAUUUACCUGUUUUUAUAAGGCCUCUUAUUACGACUCGCAUUACACAAGUUAUUUCUUGACAAUAACAGCGUCUAUUGUUAGAUGCCUACAUUUUAAUUUGAUUUUCUGAUUGAGAUAAAAAAUAUAAGGAUUUUACAAUGUAAAUCGUAUUAAAGAGAGCAAAUAUAACAAUAAUAUUUGUUAUACUAAAUUGAGGGAAUGAUAGGAAAUUUGUACAAACAAUAAAUGUUUUAAAAGUACUUCAUUCUCACAAAAAAAUUAGAUUUCACUUA